CCCAUCAAAAGUCACGGCUCGGUUUCUCCCAUGGCAACCAAUUUAGUGGGAGGGCGGGAUAAAAAAUUAUUCUCACUCCCAGACUGAAGUUGCAGAACUGCCCUACAGACUUUCAAGUGCCAUUAUCAAGAUGAAAAUAUUUGGAUUCACACUUGCCUUGUGUGCAUUACACUAUGUCUGUGGAGAAAAUGCCCACACAGUGUUCCAUGAAGAUCAUUAUGUUGAUGGGAAGCAUAAUCCUGAACAUGAUAUGAAUGCUUUUCUGGGCACUGAGGAUAAAGAAGAGAUUAAAAAGCUGAGUCCUUCAGAGCAGAAGAAAAGACUUGGGGAAAUCAUUAAGAAGAUUGAUGCAGAUUCGAACAAAUAUUUAAGUGCAGAGGAAAUUACUGUGUGGAUUCAGAGGGUGUACAGGAAAUACGCACUGGAUGAUGCAAAAGAGCGCUUUCCAGAUUUCGACACUAACCGAGAUGGGAUUGUUUCCUGGGACGAGUAUAACAUGGUUAUGCAUGACCACUUAGUUGUAGUGGAUGAAAACACCAUUCUCGAAGACCCUGAGGAAGAAUCCCUCAGAUAUGUAUGUAAUAUAAUUGUUACAGAUUUUUUUGAGUGUUUUGCAGCUGUGUUAAAAAAAAACAUGUACAACUCAAAGCUUUGGCUUUUACUGUAUCUGUUUGUUGCUCAGUUACACUUAAAGGAGAAGAGACGUUUUGACUUUGCUGAUGUGGACGGCACACCUGGCCUGAACUUGACUGAGUUUCUUGCCUUCACUCACCCUUCAGAAGUGGACCACAUGGCUGAUUUUGCCAUUGAGGAUGUGCUGGUUGAAUAUGACACAGAUCGAGAUGGAUUCAUCAGUUUGAAAGAGUUCAUUGGAGAUCUUCGCCCCGAUGGAGGUGACCCAUCGCAGUGGGAGAUAGAAGAGACAGUGCGCUUCAAGGACCUGUACGAUCAGGACGGAGACGGCAAACUGAACAAGGAAGAGCAGCUGCGCUGGGUGGCUCCCAACAGCUAUGGCUCCGCCCGUGAGGAGGCCAUUCAUUUGAUCAAGGAGAUGGAUGGGAAUGGGGAUGGUACGCUGUCAGAGUCCGAGAUUUUGAAAGACCAAGAAACGUUCAUGAACAGUGAAGUGACAGAUUAUGGAAGGCAGCUUCAUACGUCUCAUGAUGAAUUGUAGCAUUUCAUUUUACAAAUACAUUUUUUUUUUUUACAAAAAAAAUUGUGCAGUGAAUGUUUUUUCUCAACUCAUCGUUCCACAUUAGUAAUGAAAAACAGUUGAAGAUGGCUUGUGUCACCAAAUUACCAAAAUGACUUACACCAACUGUUUCACACAGGCAGAUCAUGUGUCUAAUUUGUCAGGAUUAGAAUACACAAUGAGAAGCAAAUUGUUGAAGUGUUUAGUGGUCCUAUUGGUCAGCCUGAUGCUCUGCCUUUGAGCAUAUUCCUUUUCUCUGGGCUAAGCUCAAUAAUCACAUCCUUGUCCAUCCAUGUCUUUCAAAGUCUGUCCUCUGUAUAUGUUAGUAAGCAUGUCCACCUUAUUAGAAUUCUCAUCCACCUGCUGUACUUUGACAACAAAAGUAUUGGUUGACUUAUUAGUCAGGCAAUUGUCAGAAUACCUCCAUAAUUGUUUUGAAUAAAAGCAGUAAUUAUUGA